AUGCUAUUGAUGUCUGUUAUGACUGGGAUAGUUCUGCUGUUGCCGGUCAAGAUAGACCUGUCGGGCGAACAGUUCGUCGGCCUUCCUAAUACAAGGAAGGUUUCUGGUGGUUCCUACUGCACGAGCCGCGGCUUCUAUGCAGGAUCAGCGGCGAGUGGUUUUAGCACUUCUACUGCAAUCAAGGGUUUCAGGCUAAGACAGUACAAAGGGCGCGGCAUAGCCGCGACAAGAAAGGUAACAAAGAUAGGAAAAAGAGUACAACCUAUCAAGAUAGCAAAGAUAGAUGAAACCGCCAUGCGGCGCAAGAUAGUAUCUAUGUUACAAUCAGUGAAAGAAGAGAAAUACGGACAGCCCGUUUGA